AUGAGUCGCAAUCUCUUCCCUGCCCUUUGCGCUAUUGGAGUGGGUGUCUUCACAGGUUACUAUACCUUCCAACCGACAUUCCAACAACUUCAAUAUCAGAAAGAGCAAGCUCAAAAGACCUCACCUCCGUCCGAUCCUGCUGCUCUGAAGCAAGACACCAAGACCCCCGUCAAAGGCGACUUUCAGCAAGAUCCAAAGUCGACUACUCAAUGA